CGGAUCAGUGAGAGUCAGAGCAGAGGAGAGGAGGGAGCAAAGAGAAAGAAGAGGAGGACAAGGAAAGAGAGUCAUGAGGCCUAUGCUGUUCCUGAGGAGGAUACAUGUAUGAAUGGAUGACAGGGAGACCUGGAGAGACAUGAGAUGGAUUCGUGGGAAGAUGAGCAGGCUGAGCAGCGCUCUUGUCUUAUUUGCGGAGACCGUGCCACAGGACUGCACUAUGGCAUUAUUUCCUGCGAGGGCUGCAAGGGCUUCUUCAAGCGCAGCAUCUGCAACAAGCGCGUCUACCGCUGCAGCCGCGACAAGAACUGCGAGAUGUCACGCAAACAGCGCAACCGCUGCCAGUACUGCAGGCUGCUCAAGUGCCUGCAGAUGGGAAUGAACCGCAAAGCAAUCAGAGAAGAUGGCAUGCCGGGAGGCAGGAAUAAAAGCAUCGGUCCUGUACAGAUUUCCGAUGAGGAGAUCGAGCGGAUUAUGUCUGGACAGGAGUUUAAGGAUGAUGUCAACAUGCCGGAACACACUUGGGGAAACAACGGCGACAGUGACCACAGUUCCCCUGGCAACGGCGUCUCCGAUGGGAAUCAGCCAUCUCCUGUAUCCACACUUUCAUCCAAUCGCUCUGUGGAGCUGAAUGGCUACACCGCUGCUUUGAGGGAACAGUACAUUGGCAAUGCAAUGGCCCAGCAUUACCAGUUCCUGCCUCACCUGUUUGGAUACGCCGCCCAGCCGCGGAGUCUGUACCCCCAGAGUCAUACCCUCAUCAGCCAGCUGGUGGCAGCAGAGGAACUGGCCCCGCUGGGCACACCCAUGCUCAUCGAGGACGGGUAUCGGGUCACUCAAGUGGAGCUGUUUGCGCUAUUGUGUCGGCUGGCGGAUGAGCUUCUCUUCAGACAGAUCUCCUGGAUUAAGAAGCUUCCUUUCUUCUGCGAGCUGUCCAUCGAGGACUACACGCGGCUCCUGAGCGCCACCUGGCAGGAGCUCAUCCUGCUGGCCUGCCUGACGGUCUAUAGCGCCCAGGUGCUGGGCGACCUCGCCAACGUCACCGACAAAUACACCCCGUCCGACGACGAGCUGCAGAGUUUCAGUGAGGAUGGGAUGGAGGUGAUGGAGAAGCUGAUCUAUCUGUUCCGGAAGUUCCAUCAGCUGAAGGUCAGCAAUGAGGAAUAUGCCUGCAUGAAGACCAUCAACUUCCUUAACCAAGAUAUCCGCGGUCUGACCAAUGUGACCCAGCUGGAGCAGUUGAACAAACGUUAUUGGUACGUUUGUCAGGAUUACACUGAGUACAAGUACCCUCACCAGCCCAAACGCUUUCCUGAGAUCAUGAUGUGUCUGCCAGAAAUCCGCUGCAUUGCAGGGAAGUUGGUCAACAUCCCUUUGGAGCAGCUCCCCCUGCUGUUUAAGGCAGUAUUGCACUCCUGUAAGUCAAGUCUGAACAACUACAGGACAAGCUCCACCCCCUGUGUGACAAAGGGUACCGCCCCUGCCAACUAGCCCCGCCCCCUUGAAAACACCCUCCCCAUCUAUUGCACGGGGGCGGGGUGUUAUCUAGGGGUGGGGCUCCCGUUAUCCUCCUCCUCCUCUCAUGAAUGUGACAAGAAACUAUUUUAUGCAUUUUGUUUAGAUUAGUGUUGUUUUUCUCUCUAUUUAUUACCAGACAGAGCUGAAUGUAUGUUGAUCCACACUGUGCACAUGCUCCUUUUCAAAUGAAAAUGCACAAAAAGCGCAGUGGAUUUCACACGCUUCAGUCCAACUGCGAUAUGUGACGUGUAACCACUGAUAGAUCUACUACUUGGUUUUAUUUUGUACCUCUGUUCACUUUCUGCCGAUAGGGACAGAUAAAGGAAUUGUUUUAUUGAAAGACUACCUCAGGAAGAAAAUGUUUCACAUGUUCCCUCUCUGUUUUGCGAUGCUCCAGGCAGUUAACGUCGACUCUGUGCCUCGUGUUUGAGAACGUCUUGUCAUUUCUUACGCAUUUGUGGUUUGCUGCAGUUCUCAAACGCACAAGCUCGGUAGUCACGUGACUUUAUCUUUCCAUACAAGGCUGCAGUGGAGAGCGUGAUGUUUACACAAAAGAGAGGUGUACGGGAAUGUUUCACAAUCAUAGGCUGGGGACGAAACGACAACUGAAUAUGUGUGUUAAUAUAGUAGAAUUCUUUCUUUUUUUUUUUUUUUUUUUUUACAAAAGUGUUAUGCAGAUUUGGAGGGAAAUAAGCCCUUGUUGAAAAUAUGAGAGACUUCUGGGGAGAACAGCAAUGUCCAUCAUUAAGUUACACACGUUUUACUCUCAGAGGCUGUUUACACGACAACAUUUUCAGCCAAAAACAUGAAAUUUUUUAUGCGUUUUGCCUGUUCGUUUAAACAGCAAGGGCGUUUUGGAGACUGGAAAUGCAUAUUUUUGAAAACGGGUUUCAAAGUGCAAAUUUUUGAGAACUCCACCAUUAUCGUUUCCGUGUAAACACCCCAAAAAGGAAUCUUCGAAAACGGUGAUGUCAUGCACGUGUGUAAUAUGUGUUAGGUAUUUAAACAUGUGCAGUACAUGUUGAUUAUAAAAGCAAGCACGAACAAACAUACACAACAAUAGCGGAGUACACGGUACUGUUGUUGCUGCUCAAGAGUUUGCUGACACUUCUUCAGCAAAGAGCGGAUUUACUUAUUGGAGAUGCAUCAUAUACAACAUAUAAUCGUCACUUCCUAAUCGUGUUUACUAACAAGGUGACAGCACCAACUAAUGGACUGGCAUACAUAAUACAGCGGGUUUUUUUUACAUUUUCGCAGAUAUGUGUAAACGUGAAUCAUUUUGAAAACGUUGUCAUGUAUAUGUGAAACUUUUUAAAAAUGCAAGGGAAAAACUUCUCGGUUUUUGACUACAACGUUGCUGUGUAAACAUAGCCUCAGUCCAGCAGUGAAAUGUGGUGUAUCAGCUUUCUUAUUUUGGAUAAACAAUCGGUUCCUUAAUUUGGAGCACUCGUUGAAGGAUGUAGAGUUUGACCAUGAAGUAUUUAUCAGCAUUCAGUCAGCUUUUUCCACCAUGAAUGAUUAGCAUUAGCAUCAGAUUUGGUUGCAAUGAUGUUUAAUUAAUCCCGCCAAAUGCUCUCAAACUAAAAUAAAGGGCCUUUAUUUGAGUUCAGAUGGAGAAAAGUGGAUUUCCUCACAGUCUAGUUUCCACUGGUCUGCCCCUGGUUCCUUCCCUCACAUUUUAAACAGGGUAAAGUUACUGUUUUUAUAAUUCACUCGCAUCUCUCUCUCAGAUAUGGCAGUGCUGAUGUACUUGUAGGUUUAGUAGUUUGUAGUAUUCUGGACAUUGUAGGUCCUUUUAGACGUUUUUUUAUGUUUUGUUUUUAUGAGUCUGGGUAGGGGGAAGUGUUGUUUUGAAGACUAUUUGGUUUUGAGUAUUACUGUAAACCCUAUUAGAGAAAAAAAACAUGACUGAGAUGCUAGCUGGUCCAGUUUUAACGAGUCAUCCGACGCCUUUGAGGUUUUGGUUACGAUUAAUUUCCUCGGUUGGUUUUUACCCAGGCAUCAGUGGAUGUGCUCGCUGUAACUUUCAUCAUUUCAGACAUUCCAAACACGUUCGAUAUGUGUCGUAAUGUUUACAUAUUUGCACCAGACAAUGACAAAGAGGCCUGUACCAAAGGCGCGUGUUCAGCCUGGUAACGGCCCGUCUCAAGUGCAGCUAAACCUCGGUGGCAACAUUUGGCGUUGUGUUGUUUGGUGGACACUUCACAUCUGUCUGUACGCCGCUUAAUCUUAAACAUUUUAUCCAUCCCACACCGCAUUCAUUUGUGUCCCUUCAUUUCUCGUUGUUUCAUUUUGUACUUCGUUUAUGGUGGUAGAUAUCGUGACUUUUCUUUUCUCGCGAGGGCUUGUUUUGGAGUGUAAGCUAGCUAAAUGUCAGACUAAACUCUUGAUAUGGUGGAGGUCUUAGUCUGCGAUAUUGCCACAUCAGAAUAAACUUGAAGGUGGAGAUUUAUCGCAAACCAAGCUGCUAUAAACACCAGCCCUUCUGAAUUGAGUUUCUCAGACCAGCAUCUCUGGAAGAAACUCAGGAAUAUCCCUCUAUUUUGAACAGUUUUGUUAAUCUGGCUUUCUGGGGAAGCUUUUUGAUUUCUUUAAAAGAGCCACACUCCUCAUCUAGGUCUUUUUGUUUUCUGUCGUUCCUUCAUAUUUUACAGUGUGUCCUCGUUUGAUUUUUUUUUAUGCAUUUUUCAUUGAAACUACCUCUUUUGUGUGUCAUCAUGUAGCGUGCUUUCAUUAAGGAAAAGUAUUAAUCGUUAUUUAUUGGUUUCAAAGCACCAGUGACCCUGUUUCUUUGUCCGUUUCAUAAACCAUUCUGGAAACUUCAGAGUUAAUAGUUUUCAUCAUUCGUAUUCCAUCAUUGUCUUAAAAUAUGUGCUCAAAUCAUGCCUGAUAGACAUUAGAUGCUGCAUAUUUACCUCACUCUUCAAUGAAGACCAUUUCUCAGUGCAAUUAUAACGUGUGAAAUGAACAGUAUUAUAUUCCUAGUUGUAAACACUGUUUGUGAAUUGUUUUCAUGAAGAAUGUAUUUUUUGCCUAUAUCAUUUUUGUUUUUAUUUCUCAACUGUAAUCAUGUUAAUGCUUUGACACUUUUCAGCCAAUCAGAUUUCUUUCUUGAUUGUUACGGGUAUGCUGAUUGGCUAUUGAAAGACUAUCAAAGUGCUGUCAGUUUUACAUAGCCAGGGAACUUAUUUCAGUCUCUUUGGGAUUCUUCUUGAUCCAGUGGGAAUCUUAUUAGAUGAAACAUUGGUGAAUGUUGGGGCUUGAGCAAACCAUACAGAGCCAGACGAGAGGUUUUGAAACAUGGGUGAUAUCUCAGGGAAUAGACACGCUCCUGAAAACCUCAAAACAACUCUAGUACACGCUAAAUGAACUCCUGUUUGUUUGUAUUUGUCUUUGUAUUGGCAUCUGACGUGUUGUUUUUGGGAGUGUUGUCUGAGGUGCUUUUCCUAACCCGUGUCACAAACCUCUUCUUCUGCUCCUCUGACUUUUACUACCUGUGAAGAAUGUGAUCGAUAGAAGCAUGUUUAGAAUGUUUUAGGACUUGAAACCAAAUAAAUGUGAAUCUUAUGCAACUGUGAAA